AUGUGGACCCAGUCUCUGCCCCUUCACCUCUGGUCCGGACAGUCCCAGAAGCUGCUCCCUGUAUCUGGGACGUCACCCACACAGCGUCCGGGACGUCACCCACACAGCAUCCGGGACGUCACCCACGCAGCGUCCGGGACGUCACCCACACAGCGUCCGGGACGUCACCCACACAGUGUCCGGGACGUCACCCACACAGUGUCCGGGACGUCACCCACACAGUGUCUGGGACGUCACCCACACAGCGUCCGGGACGUCACCCACACAGCGUCCGGGACGUCACCCACACAGCGUCUGGGACGUCACCCACACAGUGUCCGGGACGUCACCCACACAGCGUCUGGGACGUCACCCACACAGCGUGUUGACAGUGAGGAGCUGCUCUCUUACUCUCGGGCCGACACUGGUCCCGUUGCCAUGACGACGCUGCCCUGGGUCCAGAAGCAGCCGCACUCGCCCUGGCUCCUCGUCCACUUCCACGGAGGAGGCUUUGCGGCCCAGACGUCCAAAUCUCAUGAAGUUAGUGACACACCAUCCAGGACUAGCAUGACCAAGUGA